GAACGUGCACACGCAGUCGCACCCACGCGCACCCCUCCUCGAGGACUUCCCCUUCUCCCCCUCCACCACCACCAGCGCUUGCUUCGCCAUUCCGCCUCCGCCGCCGCCGCCGCCGCCGCCGCCGCCGCCCCCGCCUGCCGCCUCCUCCUGCUGCUGCUCGUAGUCGCGGCUUGCCGGUGCUGUGCGCCGGGGGCGGGUUGCUUCUGUUGGGGGGAGAUCUCGGGGUGGUUUUACGUUUGGCCGCUUGAGUUGAGGGUUGAGGCGUUUGGUGGAGGAGGAGGUGGUGGUGGUGGUGGUGGAGGAGGAGGGGUUUCUGUGGUUGGUGAGGUUGGGGUGGGGCUUGGAGUAAGCGGAGGAGGGGGAGGGGGUGGUGGUGGUGGUGGUGGGGAGGUCGUCGGCUCGUCGGGGGGAGGUCGGGAUGUACGGGCCGCCGUCCCGCGGCGUCGGGGCCGCCGGCGAGCAGCCUAGGGUUUACCAAGUUUGGAAGGGAAGCAACGAGUUUUUCUUGCAAGGGCGGUUCAUUUUUGGGCCCGAUGUGAGAUCCUUGUUUCUCACUAUAUUCCUCAUUGUUGCACCAGUAUUAGUCUUCUGUAUAUUUGUGGCCAGGCAUCUGAUCAAUGACUUCCCUGAUCACUGGGGAGUUUCAGUUAUGGUCAUAGUGGUUGUCUUCACAAUAUAUGAUUUGACAUUGCUGCUUCUUACCUCUGGUAGAGACCCUGGUAUAGUUCCACGUAAUACUCAUCCACCUGAGCCUGAAUCGAUUGAUGGGGGCAGUGAUAUGGGAAAUGGACAGACUCCGCAACAACUGCGUUUACCACGAACAAAGGAUGUUUUUGUUAAUGGAGUCAUUGUUAAGGUCAAAUACUGUGACACCUGCAUGCUGUACCGGCCACCUCGAUGUUCUCACUGUUCUAUAUGUAAUAACUGUGUGGAGCGUUUUGAUCAUCACUGCCCUUGGGUUGGGCAAUGCAUAGGACGAAGAAAUUACCGAUUCUUCUACAUGUUCGUAUUCUCAACUACAUUACUAUGCCUCUAUGUAUUUGGCUUCUGCUGGGUGUACAUUGUUAAAAUCAGAGAUGCAGAGCAUUCUUCGAUUUGGAAAGCAAUGUUGAAGACACCAGCAUCAAUUGUUCUGAUUAUCUACUGCUUUAUUUGCGUGUGGUUCGUUGGUGGUUUGUCUGUCUUUCAUUUCUACCUGAUGAGCACCAAUCAGACAACCUAUGAGAACUUUAGGUAUCGAUAUGAUCAACGGGCUAACCCAUAUAACAGAGGUAUGGUGAACAACUUUCUGGAGAUCUUCUGCACCGCAAUUCCUCCUUCCAAGAACAAUUUCCGAGCUAGGGUCCCAGUAGAUCAAGGUCUACAACAAAUACGAACGCCUGCUAGGGGUUUCAUGAGCCCGAACAUGGGUAAACCAGUUGGAGAUCUUGAAUUGGGUAGGAAGCCUGUAUCAUGGGAUGAGCCUCGGUCAGCAGCAGAUAUAAGAGAUUUAGAAGUUGGUCUCGGGGGGCUCUUGGAUGAAAAAGAGGGUAGAAUAGCCCAUGCAUCGCCAGAUCUUAGCAGAGGACAUCUUCCGGCCGAGCUUGUGGAAGGUAGGGCUGGUAUGCACUCGAGACGAUCAAGCUGGGGUCACAGAAGUGGAACCUCUGAGUCAAUGGACAGCAUCGCAGUGCAGAUGGGAACUGAAGCUAACUGGGGUUCAAUGAGUAGUGGCCAUGGCACCACCAGUUCAACCCACUAGCAAACAUCAGCACAUUUCUGACGCUGCAUCUGCAUCGAAUGGAUCCACCUCAUGAAUGAAGAACCAACCGUGUGUUUACUCUCUUGAUCUCUCUUCCUGUGCUGCUUCACCUAGCAUAUACACAGUGCUUUCUUCCUUCUGUCCUCUGUUGUUCCAUCCUUGGAAGGGCAUCUAUUGAUGCACGUCCCUCAUUUCUAGUUGUCGUAAGCAAAAAUAACAGAAGGUCCUUAACUCAUGCGUGGCUUGGAUUAUCUAUUUGUAUAUAUCGAGUCUGUAAGCAAGGUUAUCUUGUUUGGUUUGGUUUGGUUUGGUUUUCGACGUUCUGAUGUAACUGUACCAUGCUGCUCGACUCUUACUCCAGAAAUACUACCCCCCAAAUCAUCCCCAUUUU